AUGGAACACGAAAGGGCGAAGUGGCCACAAACGUCCUUGGUGUAUGUGAUACCAAAGGCAAUUUUUGUAUUUGUAUUAGCUGGUUGGGAAGGAUCAGCUGCAGACUCACGCAUCCUUCAAGAUGCCAUUUCAAGACCGAACGGACUGAGGGUGCCAAAGGACUAUUACUACCUAGUCGAUGACGGGUACCUAAAUGCUGAAGGUUUUCUGGCACCGUAUAGAGGGCAAUGCUACCAUUUGCAGGAUUGGCAUGGCGCUGAGAAUGCACCAUCAAUAUUGAAAGAGUUCUUCAAUAUGAAACAUUCUUCUGCUCGAAAUGUGAUUGAAAGAGCAUUCGGUGUCUUGAAGAGUCGAUGGGCAAUACUGCAAGGAAAGUCGUACUACCCUGUAAAAGCCCAAUGUUGGACAAUACUCGCAUGUUGUCUUCUGCACAACCUCAUCAAUAGAGAAAUGACGAACAUCGAUAUACCCGACGACGUAGAUGAGGGUGAUUCAACCCACGCGACUACUGCCGGAGAUGACAUACAUUACAUAGAGACCUCCAACGAGUGGAGUCAGUAG